AUGUCAUCGUUAAAGCGCCCGCAGAGACCCUUGGAGCAGGGUGAAUGGGAUGAAGGAGACGAUAACAGGUUAAGCUCAUCGUCCAGCGCUUGUCAUUUGCGCAAACGUAUUCGCACGUCCAAAUCACCAGCUUCGUACGAAGGCACUGGAGUAAGCGACAGUGAGAGUGAAGGAAGAAUUCAUCAUUCUAUCACCCAGGCUUUAGAAUAUGAUGAGGACGAGCUGGAAUUACGUGCAACGCAAUUAAUCCAGGAGAAGUACUCUUUCGCUGGCGACGAACCCAACGUUCCUGCUGAACAUGGCAUUCUUGAGCGUGUUGAAUGCUACAACUUUAUGUGUCAUGACCACUUCUAUGUCGAACUGGGACCAUUGAUUAACUUUAUAGUCGGGAAGAAUGGCAGCGGCAAGAGCGCAGUGCUAACAGCUAUAACUCUUUGUCUGGGUGGCAAAGCAUCAGCUACAAAUCGCGGUCAGAGUCUUAAGAGUUUCAUCAAAGAAGGCAAAGAGUACGUGCGUUUAUCACUAUACUGGAGUGCAACCAUCGUUGUGCGCAUCAAAAAUCAAGGAGACGGUGCCUAUAUGCCGGAUGAUUAUGGAAAGUCCAUUGUAAUUGAACGCCAUUUUACGAAAGCUGGAACAAGUGGCUUCAAAAUCAAGGCAGAGAACGGGCGUAUAGUUUCCACCAAGAAAGCCGAAUUGGAUGCUAUCAUUGACUUUUUCACAUUACAAUUUGACAACCCGAUGAAUGUUCUCUCACAAGACAUGGCCCGCCAAUUUUUGAGCAGCUCAAGUCCUGCUGAGAAAUACAAAUUCUUUGUGAAGGGUGUUCAAUUGGAGCAGCUUGAUCAGGACUACCGAUUGAUCGAAGAAUCUGCUGAUCAGAUUGAGGAGAAGCUUAGGGGGCGAGAGCAGGAUAUUAUGAUAUUAAAACACCGCAAAGUUGCAGCAAACCAGAAAUUGGACAUGUCUGAUCAACACGAAUCCCUGAGGAACAGGGUCAGAAAUGUCCGGAGCCAGAUGGCUUGGGCUCAGGUCGAAGAACAGGAAAGAGUAAGAAGCCCAGACAUUAUGGGUUUGCAAGCCGGCAUGAGAAGCUCCUUAGAGAUUGAACUAGCUAAGGUCGAUGAGAAGAUUGCAACAGCUGAAGCUGGGCUGGGCAGCUUUGACGCUGCUAUACGAGUAGCUGAGGAGGAAACCGAAGCCGCUGCCGAAUGCGUUAGACAAGGUACUACUAAACUCGAGCAAGCACAAAGUGAGAAGGUGGAAAUUACAGCUAGGUGGGACGAACAAAUGACUGAGCGUCAUGAUUUGCAGGCACAGCAACGUCAGAUACGAGAUUAUUUAAAAGCAGCAGAAGCUAGGAUAAACGAAACGCAACAAAAGAUUGAAGAGGAAAAUCAACGUCUGGUUAACCUAAGCGGCGGCAGUUAUACUAGGAAACAGGAACAACUCGAGCGAGCAAAGGUAGAAGCUGCGCAUGCCAGCACACAGUACGUGGAACACCAACGCAAUGCGGAUCGCCUAUACCGAGACUUGGAAGUGGCUGGAAAAGAAGUUGAAUCAUUGGCGGUGCCACUUAACAGAACGAAGGCCGACGUUGAGCAAGCUGAGAAACUUUUAUGGAGCCUAAGCAAAGAAGGCGGACCCAAAAACACGGGGUUCCACGACAAAAUGCCGUCUCUCCUGAGGACCAUUCAACAAGAAGAGGGCUUCACCGAAAAGCCUGUCGGUCCCAUUGGUCGCCAUGUGACCUUGCUGAAACCAGAAUGGUCAUCUAUCCUAGAGAACUCAUUUGGCACGACAUUGAACAGCUUCGUUGUAACAUCUAAGAGAGACAUGGAGAUUCUUUCCCGUAUUAUGCGCAAUGUCAACUGGUAUGAAAUGAUGGGUAUAUUGAUACAUCAGAACACGAGCCUGAUCAUAAGUUUGAUACGGCUUUACGGGUGCUUCAGAGCCAGCUACAUUAGGUUGAUAUACUCGAAUUUGCAGAUUGACAACGAACUCGUCCGUCGACAAUUGAUCAUUAACCAUGGUAUUGAGCAAAUGCUUUUAAUCGAGAAGCUAGAAGAAGCGUCUUCAGUACUCUUUGAUGGACAGAAACCUAGGAAUGUGAAGCGGUGUUACUGUAUUGACCAAACGGACAGGCGGCGGGGCAUUCAUCUAUCUUACAACCGUGCGGGAGAGCCAAGCCAGGCUCCGGUUCCUGCAUACAGUGGCAGCCCACGAAUGAAAUCCGACCUAGCUUCCCAAAUAAGGGUCCAACGUGAUGUAGUGGCGGACCUCAGGCGUAAGCUCAGCGAUCAGGAAGAGCGAUUCCGAUCUGCUCGGUCUCGCUUGGAGGGCUGCAAGCAGGCUCGUGUGAGGCAUGGGAAGAGUACAAAUGAGUUACGAGUCAUACUGCAAAGGAAGGAAGACCAUGUGGAAGAGCUCACAGAUGUACUCGACAAAGAACGUGUGGAAGAUGACCAUCUUGACGUGCUGCGAGCCACGCUCCAGGAGGCUGAGGAAGAAAAACGCAUCAACGAAGGGUCAUUGAAAGACAGUAUGGAGGCCAUGGAAGCUAUGAUGAAGGGGCUUAAAGCCAUUAAGCAGCAACUCGCUUCUAAGGAUGCCGAUAUAGCUGCGUCGACGGAAGAGCUCCAUAUAACUCAGAGUGAGGUACUCCGGGCGCAAGACAAACGCCGAAAGAUCAUUAACGAUAAAAAUAUUGCGGUUGAACGACUAGACGAUAUCAGACGAGAAAAAGAAAGGAUAAAUGAAAAAAGAGAGGAGGUUUCUGCACGUGUUAUCGACUUCAGCGAGAAAGCCAGUCUAGUCUCACCUCGGGUUCCAAUUCCGGAAGGUGAGACUGCUGCUAGUUUGGACAAAAAACUGGACAGGCUUAAUAGGGAUAUACAACGCUAUAACCAACAAUUGGGCGCAUCUCGCGAUGAAAUCGCCGCUGAAGCCGCCAAAGCAUCCGCAGCCUAUGACCGGGCCCUGAAGCAAGUGGAGGAAUUUAGGUUACUUGCGGGUAUUCUCAUUGAAACACUCAAACAUCGCAAGAAGCGUUGGGUAAUUUUCAGGUCUCACAUUUCAUCUCGGGCCAAGGCACAAUUCACGUACUUACUAAGCGAGAGAAGUUUCCGUGGUCGACUUCUGACUGACCAUGAGAGCAAGCUGCUGGAUUUACAAGUCGAACCUGAUAUAACAAAGGAUAGCACUGGACGGGGUGCAAAGACACUUUCUGGUGGUGAAAAGUCUUUUUCUCAAGUUUGUCUUCUAUUGGCACUUUGGGAGGCUAUGGGAUCUCCUGUCCGCUGCUUAGAUGAAUUUGACGUGUACAUGGACCACAUUAACAGGAAGAUGGCAAUUGAUAUGCUUAUGCUGGCCGCUCGGCGGUCAGUAGGUGUGCAAUUUAUACUAAUCACACCUGGCUCUAGGGCGGAGAUUAGCUUAGCCCCUGAUGUUCGUGUGAAGGAUGCCUUCCCUCUAGAUUGGCAGAACCUGAACGAGGACAAACGAGAUUAG